GCUGGGGAGCGGCGGGCGAUGCUGGAGGCGCGCGGAGCUGGGGAGCGGCUGGACUCGGCGCCGCAUCUCCCCCGCCCCGAGCGGACUCUGUCCUGCCGCCAACUGCGGCGUUCCUGGACCCUCCGGAACCCCUUGAGCCUCGAGCCGGCAGCUUCCUCCUCGUGACGGGACAGGCGCUGCAGACCGGGGCCGGCAAUGCCGUUUGGCUGUGUGACUCUGGGAGAAAAGAAGGACUAUAAUCAGCCAUCUGAGGUGACAGACAGAUAUGACUUGGGGCAGGUCAUCAAAACGGAAGAGUUCUGCGAGAUCUUUCGGGCCAAGGAUAAGGCAACAGGGAAGCUGCAUACCUGUAAGAAGUUCCUAAAGCGAGAUGGGCGGAAGGUGCGCAAAGCAGCCAAGAAUGAGAUCAUCAUCCUGAAAAUGGUGAAGCACCCCAACAUCCUGCAGCUGGUGGACGUGUUUGUGACCCGCAAAGAAUACUUCAUUUUCUUGGAGCUGGCCACGGGGAGGGAAGUGUUUGACUGGAUCUUGGACCAGGGAUACUACUCAGAGAGAGACACAAGCAAUGUGGUGCGGCAAGUCCUGGAGGCCGUGGCCUACCUGCACUCCCUGAAGAUUGUGCAUCGAAACCUCAAGCUGGAGAAUCUGGUGUACUACAACCGGCUGAAGAAUUCCAAGAUCGUCAUCAGCGACUUCCAUCUGGCCAAGCUAGAGAAUGGACUCAUCAAGGAACCCUGCGGGACCCCAGAGUACCUGGCUCCUGAGGUGGUUGGCCGACAGAGGUAUGGACGGCCUGUGGAUUGCUGGGCAAUUGGAGUCAUCAUGUAUAUUCUGCUGUCAGGAAACCCCCCCUUUUAUGAGGAGGUGGAAGAAGAUGAAUAUGAAAACCAUGACAAAAAUUUGUUUCGCAAGAUCCUUGCUGGAGACUAUGAGUUUGACUCCCCAUACUGGGAUGACAUCUCACAGGCAGCCAAAGAUCUGGUGACCCGAUUGAUGGAAGUGGAGCAGGACCAGAGAAUCACUGCUGAAGAGGCUAUCUCCCAUGAAUGGAUUUCAGGAAAUGCUGCUUCUGAUAAAAACAUCAAGGAUGGAGUCUGUGCCCAGAUUGAGAAGAAUUUUGCCAGGGCCAAGUGGAAGAAAGCUGUCCGAGUUACCACACUCAUGAAACGGCUCCGGGCUCCGGAGCAAUCCAAUGCAGCUGCUGCCCAGGCUGCUCCAGCCACGGACACUGCCACGGCAGCUGGGGGAGCCACAUCUGCAGCUCCCGAGGGCAGUGCCGCCCCAGCUGCAGAGGGCACUGCUGCACCUGCUGCUAAGAGUGGCGACACGCUUGCCACAGAUGGGAGUGUCACCCCGGCCACCGAUGGGAGUGUCACCCCGGCCACCGAUGGGAGUGUCACCCCGGCCACCGAUGGCAGUGCCACCCCGGCCACCGAUGGCAGUGUCACCCCGGCCACCGACAGGAGUGCUACUCCUGCCACAGAUGGGAGUGCUACACCAGCGAGUGGAGGGCGGGCCACACCUGCUACAGAAGAGCACACUACACCAGCCCCCAAAAGCAGCAGUGCGUCUGCUGCCAAGGCAGCUGUGACCCCUGAGCUGGCCCCGGCCCAACCGGACAGCACAGCUUCGGGGGUCCAGUCGGUACAGGCUCCAUCCACGUGUAAAGGAGAAGAGGCUGCCAGCUCCGCCCCGGAGGCGAGGAGCGAGGAGACCGGCUGAGCCGGGCAGGGGAAUGGGUGGG